UAAAUCUCCCUCCCUCGGCCCAAUCUCACCUUAUUGUUCUCUCUCAGUGGAAGUUUAGAACUCUUUACCGGGAGACAGAGUCUUAUUGGAAAGGCUAAGGCAGUGCAGAAAAGAAUUCAUUGAAGGCCAAAUUUAUAAAGGAAAAACCCUAAGUAUGCCAUUGGCAUUUGGAGUUAGGGUUUCUAAUUUAUUUAUCAUCGGUUGACAGCAAUCGUUGAAUUCAGGGAAUUCAAUUCCCGAGAAGAUGGGAGGGGAAGAUAGAAACCGGGAUAAGGAGAACCCAUGGCAGUCCCCAAACAGACCUCAUCAAGAGAAAGAUGACGUCAAACUCUGGGGAAUUUUUCUCUUCGGUCUAAUUGGCGCCACUGCCACCACCUUCGCGGUUGGUCAGCUGCGGAAGACUGUAGAUUGGUUCUAUUCUCAGUUAACCAGGUCACAGUCAUCAUGGAAGGGAGCAACUGGCGGUUCUUUCCGGUCAUCUUUUCAGGAGGAAGCAUGGAGAAGGUAUAAUCGUCGAAUGAGAGAGGAGUAUGAAGAAGAAAUGGAGAGAGUGGAGCGAAUAAGGCGCAUGCAAAGUGUGUUCAACAGAGAAAGGAACAAAUUUAGAAGGAGCUAUGAGAGCUGGAAAGAAAAUGAUGCAGGUGCUUAUAAUCACCACUUCCAGCGGGAUGAUUGGUACUGGAAGACAGAUACAUCAUACAGAAGUCAGAGGACUAAUUACAGACAGCCUCCUAGAGACAGUGGAAGUUAUUCAUUAUCACAUCACUACUCCAUUUUGGGUCUUGACAGGUCCAGAAAAACUCCUUAUACAGAAGCUGAGAUUAAGACCGCGUUCAGGGCUAAAGCAAAACAAUUUCACCCAGAUCAGAACCAGGGUAAUAAAGAGGCUGCUGAGGCGAAAUUCAAGGAGGUAAUGGUGUCCUAUGAAGCUAUAAAGCAAGAAAGGAAGGAUAUGAAGUGAAGUAGCAAAUGUGCCACUGUUUAAAGCAAAGCUCCAAUUUGUUAAAUAGUAUCAUUCCGCUUUUUUCCUGACAGUAUCUAGUUGUUGACAGAAGUCACGAGUCCUCGGCAAUUUAAUUUUCCAGGAGGGUUUCGAGUAUGAAAUAUUUUGUAUUGCUAGGUCCACUCCAGUAUUGGGUAUAUAUGUACAAUAGCAGGUCAUGUACUUACAGAGCAGAUUAUCAUGCAUGCAUAAGCUGGCAACACGGUCAAUUGGCCAAUUUUUUUGCCCUUGUAGAGAAAAUAAUAAGCUUUUUUGUUAUGCAUACUGAUUAUUAUUGAUUAUACACAUUACAAUUAUUAAUAAUAAUAGUCAUUACUGGUGUAAUAAGAA